AGAAAGAUUAACAUUCUUUGUUCAAUUCUCAAAGCCCAUUCAGAAUCAACCUUCUCUCAUUAUUUCCCUAUAGUACUAUUCAUCCUAUAACGUAACCAACUUUUUUUCUUCUCAUAAACAAUUGAACAGUCAGAAAGCAAUUUACAUAUUAGUAUAUCGUCUGCUUGAAAACCAUACGUACCCACAAGGAAUUAGAUUCCGUUGUGGGAUUAAUAAUAAUAAUAGUACAAGAGAGGAAAAGAAAAGCAUAUAUAUUCGAGUUGAAUUUUUGCUUUUGUGAGAAGAGCAAUGGCGGUUGAUAUUACUAAGGCCAACGAAGCAGCGAUGAUUCUAACGUCAGGGCCAAGCGGGAUAAUCAGUGCCCUGUUUUCAUUACGGGUAUUGAGGAGUUUAUGGCUGCUGCUCAGUGCAUUCGUGCUAUUGUUGCUAUUGCCAUUUCGAGGGCGGAAGCGGAUGGUGUCGCAAGCGACAACAUCUGGAUCAAAGGAGGAGAAGUUUGAUAAGAUGAUCGAACGGAAGGGGCCAAUGGUGCGAGUGCCGGCAAAGAUGGUGCCGAGAAAGAACAUGGUGGAUAAUGAGGUGGCGGCGAGGAGAGUGCUGGCGAUAAAAAGGGUGCUUGAGGACGUUGACGAUAAGAACACGGUGAGGGAAUUUUCGCUUUUUGUCACUUCAAGAGGAGAUACCAUGUUUACUCAGUCAUGGACACCCGUUUCCCUCAAAGUCAGGGGAUUGGUUUUCCUAUUGCAUGGUCUGAAUGAACACAGUGGCAGGUAUGAUGACUUUGCCAAGAAGCUGAAUGCUAACGGGUAUAAAGUUUAUGGAAUUGAUUGGACUGGUAAGGUUUUCUCUGUGCAUGUGCUUGAAAUAUAUAGUUUUCUGUUCCUGAUAAUUCAUAGAUUCUG